GGAGGGGCUGCAUCACCAUGGCAACAUGCCAAGAAGAAGACAAGAGGAGAAAGGCGCUAACUUUUUCCGCCUGUGAGCAGUUGCGUGUCUUUUCCGUUGUUUGUUGCACUUUUGGAUCAGUGGCUGUCGUCUUGGGGUUUUUGCCAUGGGGCCGAGGUCAGCAGCGGAGCCAUAUGGAGUCGUCGUGUGUGUGCGGUGAUGCAGGUGAGUGUUGGCCGGUGACGAGGACAAGGGCGGCCAUGACGCCGGCGGGCGUCGACAACGGAAGCCUGCCGCUGUGCAGCAUUGACGAGUCGUACAAGUACAUCUUCCUGCCCACCUGCUACUCCUUCACCUUCGUCUUCAGCCUGUCGCUCAACGCUGUGGUGCUGCUGCGCUCGUUUCGCCGCACCAAGCGCUGGAACGCCUCGCUCAUCUACAUGGUCAACCUGGCCUCCACCGACUUCAUGUACGGCCUGUCACUGCCCUUCCUAGUGGCCAGCUACGUCAUGCGCGACCGCUGGGUCUUUGGGGACUUCAUGUGCCGCCUGGUGCGCUUCCUCUUCUACUUCAACCUCUACUGUUCCAUCUUCUUCCUCACCUGCAUCUCGGUGCACCGCUACAUGGGCAUCUGCCACCCCAUGCGAGUCAUCGCCUUGGAGACCAAGAAAGCCGUCAAGUGCACAUGCGUGCUGGUGUGGGCGGUGGUCUUCGCGCUCACCUGCCCCAUCUUCCGCUUCGCCCGCACGGCCCGCGCCGGCGGCGGCGUAGACAACUGCUGGGACGACGCCAUCGACCAAGAGUUCUCCGACUACGUGCCGUACGGCGUGGUCCUGCACCUGCUGGGCUUCUUCGUGCCCUUCUCCGUCAUCGCCUGGUGCUACUCGCACGUGGUGGUCACCAUCUUCAAGACUCUGCCUUCUCGCCCACGCGACGGCAGGGAAGGCGGAGCCGGCGUCUCCGUCUUCCUUGGCGCAGACUCGCCGUACGCCGGCCGUAGGCGCAAGUCCAUCCGCACCAUCGUCACCAUCACGCUGCUCUUCGCUCUGUGCUUCUUCCCCUUCCACGUGACGCGUACCGUCUUCCUGCUGCUCAAGGUGAGCAAGGGCGUCCCGUGCCAAACCAUGACCACCGUGUCCAUGUGCUACAAGAUUACUCGGCCCUUGGCGUCCUUCAACGCCUGGCUCAACGCGCUCCUCUACUUCCUCACCAAAGACAAGGGCGGAUGCUGCCCGCCGCCUGCGCCCGCCGCGCCGCUGCUGCCCUUGAGGAUGGUAGCGAAAGGAGACGAACACGUACACCGGCACGGCAAAAGCGCCUUAUUGACCUAACGCAAAGACGGCUGCUUUUACGCUCACUAUGCAGAGACUUUGUCUUUGAAACAGACUUGAUUUGAUUCUUACUAAUCAUGUUCUAUUAAUCAAAUAACACGGAUUUGUUAGUGAUGACGCAUGUGAAUAUAGCAACGAUCAUAUUUUUUUUUAAGCCUGAAAAUGAUUCAAAACGCUCAUAAGCUUUUCCAUGAUAAAGGGGGACAGAUUGUGACGUCAACACUUGACUCUUUUUCUAGUGACCUCUUGCGGCUGGUGGUGGAACAGGCGAGGGAAAAGGCGGCAGUCCGACUCUUCACUUGUUUAUGUUUUAUUCGUUCUUUUGACUUGUUGUUCGGAAAGUGGAGUGGCUGUCAUACAUGAUUCCCAUCCGGCAGGGGGAGACACCAAGGGAAAUAUCAGACGUCAACCGCGCGGCGUCAUCUCCCGACAUGCACCCCACUACAAACUCGAAAAAACGAAAGCCCAAAUGAAUAUUACACAAUGUUUAAAAAUCA